UUUCAGGGGAGUCCUGUAUAUGUCACCUUUUAAAGCAUGUUUCAAAUGCAGUCUCCUGUUUUGUGUCAUCUUCAUGUUGUGAUCAACAAAUCCUCCCUAUUCCCAGCAUGCCGAGGACAUGGCUGCCAACCUGAAGAGCGAGAAUGAGCACCUGCAGAAGAAUUUGGAGGAGUCUGUGAAGGAGAUGGAGAACAUGACAGAUGAAUACAACAAGAUGAAGAUCGCAGUCCAGCAGACGGAUGCCAUCAUGGAUCAGCUGAGAAAAGAAAGAGAUCAUGCCAAGCUUCAGGUCAGAGAGCUAAAUGAACAAAACCAGGCUCGAGUUGAAGAGGACGACCCAGUGAUGGCUGCUGUUAAUGCCAAAGUGGAGGAGUGGAAGUGAGCCCAACCUCGCAAAUGUCAGCUUUGACAAAUAAAACCAGUUUAUAUUCAAAUGAGGUCAGGUUUCAUGAACGUUCCCCAUUUCUCACUACUUCUGAAGUGG